GGGAGGGGGGGGGGGGGGGGGGUAGAUUAGCACGGCGUCGGUGGCCGGUGUCUCUUUCAGACGACAACAAACACGAGAGUGAUUGAGAGAAAAAACGCGCACAAGGCAGAACCCCCAUUCGCAGCCGCUCGUCCUCGGCCACCAUCAGCGUCUCUCCCGAGCUCCGUGACAUCUCCAUCCAGACCUCCGGCGUUCAAGCAUGUCCCUGUCCGGCUCGCAGACACCAGAGGACGGACUCUACGGCUCCUGGGUCGAGCUGGAAGAGCUGAUUACAGCCGCCAGCCUCAGGGAGAGUCCGACAGGGCCGCAGGACAGCGUCUCCUCCGGCCUGCAGGGGGAGCUGGAGAGGAUCCUUCUGGAGGCACAGCUGGAGUGUGAGAGGAGUAGAGACAGUCCUACACAGGAGGGGACUCCACAGUGCCCCGGUUCCCCGAGGCCCACUAGUGAGCAUGACAGUGACUGUAUCACCAUCCAGGAGGAAGCUGAGCGGCGAGUUGACACGGACUGGGUGUGGGACUGGUCCAGUAGACCUGAAAAUAUGCCACCAAAAGAGUUUGUGUUUCAGCACCCGAAGCAGCAAAGCUCCCUCAGCGUGAGGAAGACGGAGGUGAUGAAGAGAGGACUCUUCUCCUCCAAUGUUUUCCUCAUCCUUGUUCCCUCUCUGCUGUCUUCCCACCUGCUCACACUUGGAGUCGGGUUCUACAUAGGAAGGCGUUUGGCCGCUUCGACAACGAGCACGCUGUGACGUCGGCUGUUGCCCAGCUCCCCCCCCCCUUCGCUAACAGCCCGGCCAUUAAGGUCGGACUGUUAGCGCACUAAUAUGCCUCCUUCCUUCUCCGUCAUGGGGCAACCUUAGGACCCUGCCUGUCUGUACCUCUUUCUCUCUCUCCAUCUGUCUACCCAGCAGCACUCUGCCAGUGUGUCUCUCUUCUCAGCCUCUGCAUGUCGUAGAGCCCGUUACCAAUGAGUCAGACUGAGGUCAUUUUUACUCUCCCGGAGAAUAACACUGAUCUCAGCCAGCAUUAUCAGAGAGGAGAGAUUGCCCAGAUACAAGAGAAAGGAGAGGAAUAGUUUUAGCCAGCUAGAACAAUAAAUCCCUUUGAUUGGAGGAGAUGAAACCGGUGAUUUGGGAACAGCGUGUUCGGACGAAGUGAGAAAGAUAAGAUGUGGUAGACUUUCGCCCCCAAACCUUCAAAAAAAGCAAAAUGUCCUUUGUCAAAAUGAAUAACCCUCUGUAACACUGAGCUGCUGAGCGCGACUCUGGGGUUUUAUCCUGCACUGAUGGUGUGUCUAAUGUAGAGACUUGUAGUUCGCUGAGUGAAUGUAGGAGUGGCUCUGGUUGUGCUUUUUGUCCCGUAAACCAAUGAAAUAUUUGACCAUCGACAAAGACAAUCAUGAUCCCAUUAAACUUCACUCCUCAAAACCUU